AUGAAAGACUUCGUUGCAUGUGGUAGAACAUAUGGCAAUAUUGGUAACAGCUAUUAUAUGCUGGGUGAUUAUGCAACUGCUGUUUAUUAUCACAAUAAACGACUGAACAUUGCUCGGCAAUAUGGCGAUCGUGCAGCAAUGCGACGUGCGUAUACAAAUCUUGGAAAUGCGCAUAUUUUUCUUUCAGAAACGGCGAAAGCCUUAGAAUAUUAUCGCUUAGCGCUGUCAAUUGCAACGGAAUUGCAUGAUGAAAUGACAGAAGCACAGUGCUGUUUCAAUGUCGGUAAUGGUGCUGCUAUAUGUGGCGAUCAUGUAACAGCAGUAGAAUAUCACACUCGAUAUUUAAAGCUUGCUAGGAAUUUGGGUGAUCGUACUGCAGAACUACGUGCAUGUGCAGCGCUGGCAACAGAUUUUCGAAAACAGGGAAUGGUGAGAAGGGCUAUUUAUUUCUAUGUACUUCAAGGACAUUUAUCAGUUGAGAUGGGCGAUCAAGGGAAUGAGGAAAAUGUGCGCAGUUCGAUGAAAGAUUUGUUAAAAUCGAUAAAAAAAUGGCCUGUAGAGGAAAUUAGCGAUUUAGAAAUGGAUUCAUCCGGUGAUCCUGAACCACACAAUGCAUCCGACUUGAAUGCAUCAUUUAAAAAAUUAUUCUGUGAUUCCACACUGAAUUCUGGCUCCAUACAUCAGUUACUUAAUGAUGAUGCAACGACUACAGCUAUCGAUAAACAACCGGUUCGAUUUACCAAUUAUAACGAUGAUUUCUUUGAAAUGGUUUCGCGCUUACAGUCAAAACGGCUCAAUGAUCAACGCUGUGAUCCUAUCAUACUGAGCGAUUUAACGAAUCAUUCGAAAAAUGUCACUCGACAAUCAGAUACAAUCGCUUGCAAUUCAGAAGCCGAAACACGUUUUGGACGGAGACAUCGAUUAUCAGCACUUUUUGGACGUGUUAGAAAAGCAGCAAGACGACAAAGUUUACUAAUGUCUGCAUCAUUUUUUCCUCCUACAACUUCGACACCUCGAAUUGCUCUUUCUUCGAUGAAGCAACAACUACUUGCCGACAGUAGUGAUCAUUUGCUUAAAAAAUCACCUGCGACAUGCACAACAACAUCACGCUUGCAACGUUCUUUCUCCGACACAAUAGCGCAAAACGCCGUGGAUAGCACUGAUGGUGUAUUUGUGCAGUCGGGUGUGUCGCAAACAACCGAAUCGUCGGGAUUUCGAAUUCCGGUUGCACCACCUCGAAAUCGAGGUCGUUGUAAUCAAGUUGUUUCAUCGGAUUCUAUCUCUUCCGGACAAAAAAAUGGUGCCGAAGGAAUGCUUGAUUUAAUAGCUAGUUUGCAAGGUCGUCGAAUGGAAGAACAACGGGCGCAUCUGAAUGUCCAGUCAGAAACAGUAUCUUUGUCAAUUAACGACGAUGUGAAAGAUAAUAAUGACAGUAUGGAGCAGUCAGCAUCGGCACCAUCACAGGUAGAACAGUCAGGAUCUGAAGAUGCUGGUAGUUUAUACGAGAUGGUAAUUCGGAGUCAAAGAGAUCGGUUGGAUGAACAGCGAAGUGAUUCACCGCGGACGAUGCUAGUAGAAGAUGUCUCGCGAAUCGUCAUGUCAAUGCAAAAAGGACGUAUUGAAACUCAACGUGCUGUGCUAAGUUCAGCUUCACAAAACUGA